AUGAGUUCAACUCUUCAACCUUACCUUGAUGCUGUAAAAAGCACUUUACAAGCUGCAUUAUGUCUCGAACAGUUUUCCUCACAAGUAGUCGAAAGACACAACAAGCCAGAGGUGGAAGUCCGUACCUCUAAAGAAUUACUUAUGACUCCUGUAGUUGUAGCUCGUAAUAAACAAGAGAGAGUUCUCAUAGAACCAUCAGUGAACUCUGUUCGAAUCUCUAUCGCUAUUAAGAAAUCAGAUGAUAUUGAAAACUUCCUCUGUCACAAGUUCACCAGAUUCAUGUGUCAACGUGCUGAUAACUUCUACGUCUUAAGAAGAAAACCAAUCGAAGAUUAUGAUAUUUCGUUCUUGAUCACUGCUUCCCACACAGAAACUAUGUACAAACACAAAGUUGUUGAUUUUCUCCUUCAUUUCAUGCAAGAGAUCGAUAAAGAAAUCAAUGACAUGAAAUUAGCACUCAAUGCUAGAGCUCGUGUAUCUGCUGAAGAGUUUUUGAAAAGAUUCAAUUAG